CAGGGGCGGACUGACCAUUUGGAAACUCGGGCACUGCCCGAGGGCCUGGGGUCAGUAGGGGGCCCCAUAAGAUGCCCCUGGUACCUUUUUCAUAGGCUUUUUUGAGUUUGGGCAAGGACACAGGGGCCCCAUGAUCCCCUAUUGCCUGGGGGCCCCAUGAGUUGUCAGUCUGCCCCUGGUGACAUUUACACUGAUAAUUAGGGCACUGAUUAUCAGUGCAGCAUAUCAGUGCCCAUCAGUGCCGCCCCAUCAGUGC